GCAGGUUAAGCAGGCUGAGGCCUUCGCCAUCUCAUCAUCAGAUGGCUGCACCCGUACCCUCGCACAUUUUUGUUGAAACCUCUAGGAUAAAUCGCCCGUAAAAUGUUUCAGAACCUCCGAACGUGUAGGGUCAACUCGACCGGCAUUUCUCGAGUGCUGGAACUGAACAGAUCACUGUCCUAUACCUCCAAAAAUGACUUUCCCUUUCGAAUAUCGAAAUGCAAUCCUUCGUUGCCUCACGGGGUGCAGAUAUAUCAUGCAACUCGAUCGUAUUCAGAUCGAGCCAGAAGACCGAAUUUCUUCACCCAAUUCGUGGAAAACAUCAAGCAAGAGAUGCAAAAAAACAAAGAGAUGAAAGAAUCUCUAAAAAAAUUUCGCGAAGAAGCUGAAAAACUGGAGCAGUCCGACGCCUUAAAAUCUGCCAGACAAAAAUUCCAAUCGGUAGAGUCCGAGGCAUCGAAAAGCUCUGAACUGUUGAAGGGAAAACUCGAGGGACUGAAGGAGAAAGUGCAGGAGGUGAUUGAUGAGGCAGGUAAAACAGAAUUGGGUAGGAAGGCAGGUCAGCUCGGUGAGGAGAUCUCCAAGUCAGCGAAAGGUGCCGCUGAGAGCAUCUCAGAGAAGAGUCAGGCUCUGGGGAAGAGCAGUGCUUUCCAGACAAUUUCACAGACUGCAGAGGUCGUCAGGAAGGAACUGGAUAAUCAUGGGAUUCAGGGGCGUGUCUAUGUGCCACUGAAGAAGUUGAGGAAACGAAAGGAGAUAUUGGAGACUGAGGAGAAGACUGUGGAGGCUAAUACUGAGGCGACUGGCGUUGAGUUGCAUAAAGACUCGAAGUUCUAUCAGUCAUGGCAGAAUUUCAAGGAUCACAAUCCAUACGUCAACAAAGUCCUCGAUUGGAAAAUAAAAUACGAAGAGUCUGACAACCCAGUGAUCAGAGCAUCGAGGCUACUAACAGACAAAGUGACAGACAUCAUGGGAGGACUUUUUCAGAAAACAGAGCUCUCAGAAACCCUUACGGAAAUAUGCAAACUAGACCCUAGUUUCGAUAAAGUUAAAUUUCUUAAAGACUGCGAAACUGAUAUUAUACCGAAUAUCCUGGAGGCCAUGAUCAGGGGGGAAUUGGAGAUUUUGAAGGACUGGUGUCAUGAGGCACCUUACAAUCUCAUUGCAACCCCACUCACGCAGGCGAAGAAGCUGGGAUUUUAUUUGGACAAUAAAAUUUUAGACAUCGACAACGUUGAUUUAGUAAUGGGCAAAGUAAUGGAGCAAGGACCAGUCCUCGUAAUAAGUUUUCAGUCCCAACAAAUAAUGUGUGUGAGAGACUCAAAGAACAAAGUAGUAGAGGGUGAUCCCGAGAAAGUGAUGAGGGUUAAUUACGUUUGGGUAUUGUGUCGUGAUCCCAGUGAAUUGAAUCCACAAUCAGCGUGGCGUUUGCUAGAACUGAGUGCAAGUAGUUCCGAGCAAUUUGUCUAGCACAAAUCACGUUAUUUUAUCGUUCAAACCAGGAGUGUUGUAUCAAUACUACUUUGUAAAUUAUUGAUCUAUUAGUGGUGUUACGAGGGCAGUAUGACGUGUCGUGGGAGAGAACUGUCUGAGCAUCUUGCCAUGUUCUGGUGAAAAAUGCACGAGUCGUUACACUUGUGUUAGUCUCAAUGAUCAGUCUAUUUUCGUUCACACGAGAGAAACCAUCGAUUCGAGAAAUUGUCGAUGCGAUAACUCGAUAAUUUUAUCAAGCGCAUGUUCAAGACUUCUCUCAAUUCACUCGAAAUUGUGGUUUAUUCGGAAUAAUGACGAGAGGGGAGAGAUAUAUAAAUGAUAUAAGUUCUGAAAAUGAAAAAUUUGUGCAAAAAUGUUCAACUGUACUUCCUCUGUAUAUAUGUGAGAAUGAUUGAUUAAAUUUAUCGAUUUAGGAUAAAUAAUUUUCCUAUCGUCAAU